UUAAUUUUUGUUUGGAAAAUUGACGAUCAACCCUGACACUUAAAAAACCGUGAAGUUGACGCAAUGAAAUUCCUACUAAUUCUUCUACCACACAUCCUGAGCAUUCUUUCUAAAACAACUUUCAUGACCGAAGACGAAAUCGUUCACUGUCUCAAGCACACAACAAUGGAAUGGACCUUUGAAAAAAAUCCGAAUGUCAAUCUAACGUUCGAGAAGCAAAAAACAGUGAAGCUAAACCGUGAAACUUCCUACAGAAAAGACAACAUCAGUAUGUUGUACCACAAGACUGCUUUCCUCACCAAUCUGCCGGAAUCCUUCGACUCUCGAGAGAAGUGGCCCCAGUGCAAGGACAUCAUUAAUCACAUAAGAGACCAAGGGAACUGCGCCGGCAGCUGGGCGGCGAUUACAGCUUCGGUGUUCUCCGACAGAAUCUGCAUUGGCAGCGAAGGAGAAACCAAGGUCCACAUUUCCGCGGAAAGUAUCCUCGACUGCUGUAACGAAUGCAUGCUCACCAUGGACCGUCCGUGCGAUGGCGGCUUCCCGUACUUGGCUUGGCACCACAUACAAGAGUACGGAGCCGUAACCGGAGGCGAGUUAGAUUCCGGAGAGGGGUGCCAACCUUACUCCGAGGCUCACUUCCGUGGAGACGCUUCUCCCUGCACCAAGUCAUGUACAAACCGCAAGUACGACAAAACCUACACCAACGACACAUAUUUCCCAGAACUGAUUUACUUGCUGGAUGAAUCCCAAGACCAAAUUCAGAAAGAAAUUAUGGAUCAUGGACCUGUGAUGGGGCUUAUGGAAAUUAACGAAGAUCUGGCAUUCUACAAGAAAGGUCUUUACCACCCUACGUGUGGGGAGAGCUUAGGAUACCAGGCGUUCAAAAUCGUGGGUUGGGGCCUGCGAGACGAUGAAUUGGAAUACUGGUUGGUGGCUAACUGUUGGGGCCCGAAAUGGGGAGAUUCUGGAUUUUUUAAAGUUUGGAAAGAUGUCGACUUUCGCUUCCUGCAGAACGAAGUCAGAGCGUGCAGAAUGACCCCGCUCGAUUUGCAAGAAUUCGUCAUUUCUAAUCCCGAUGCCGAGAAGUUUUAUUACGCUGGAGGAAAGAAGUUGCUGUGGGAUAGAGCGUGUCUUCUCCUUUGUAUUUUGUUUUACUUUAACUUUUAUCGAUUGAUAUUUUAAUAAAUAUUUUCUUUAAUA